AUGAGUGACUUGGAGAAAAAGCAGAGCGGCGAGAAGGUCGACACAGUGAUAUCUAUCACAGAAGCCGACAUUGGCACCAACCGUCUGAUCACAACGAUAACCUCUGUUCAUGGUCGUGAGGUUGAAGUUACGGGAGAUGUCGACGAUGCCAUGAGACUGGCGCUCAAAUCGAAGGGUCUCGUCAUCGAUGAGGCCACCAACAAAAGACUUUUGAGGAAAAUCGACACCUAUAUGUUGCCCCUGUGCUGCUUUCUGUAUGCAUGUCAGUUCAUGGACAAGACCACCAAUUCGCUUGCGUCCAUCAUGGGUCUUCGUACUGACCUAAAUAUGGUUGGCGACCAAUACUCAUGGACGGGUACAGCAUUUUACCUCGGCUAUUUGUUUUUCGAGUUUUUUGCAUCUUAUGCCCUACAGAGGCUGCCAUUGGUGGGCACUGCCUCUACUUUCAUUGUUUUCUGGGGGAUAAUCCUUUGCUUGCACGCUACUCCAAAUUAUGCUGGUUUUGUUUUUCUGCGCACUGUCCUUGGUAUGGCGGAAAGUUCUGUCACCCCUGCCAUGGUGAUGAUCACCUCCCAAUGGUGGAAAAAGGAUGAGAAUUUUUUGAGAACUGCAUUUUGGUUCUCUUCAAAUGGCUUCGGUAAUAUCAUGGGCAGUUCAAUUGCCUACGGACUGACCAAGCACGCAGAUUCCUACUCCGUUGCCGCAUGGAAGAUUCUGUUCAUUAUAGUUGGUAUGAUGACUAUCUGUGUUGGAGUAGCUUUCUACUUUCAUAUUCCAAACACACCGGCCGAGGCGUGGUUCUUGACCGAGGAGGAGAAGUUGUUGGUGGUUGAGAGAAUCAGAACUAACCAACAAGGGUUUGGUAAUAAACAUUUCAAGAAAUCUCAGUUCAUGGAAGCUUUGAAAGACUACAGGACAUGGUUGUUUUUUUUCUUUGCCCUGGCAACAGACAUCCCUAACGGCUCGCUAACCAACUUUGGCUCGAUCCUAAUGAAGGAAGACUUUGGCUAUUCCACCUUGGAAUCCUUGAAGAUGGGAAUGAUUGGCGGUAUGGUAGAGUUUGUGGGAUGUAUCGCUUUUGCUGCAUGUGUUCGCUUUGUCAAACAUAGAAUGAUCAUGGCGCUCGUUGUAUGUGCUUUGGGCGUCGUAUGCUCCUCCAUGCUUGCCUUUGCAAAGAACAGUAAAGAGGCCCGAUUGGCUGGCUACUUUUUGCUAAACCUUCAACCCGUUGGUUACUUCUGUCUUUUGUCUUCAUUUGCUGCCAACACUGCUGGACAUACUAAGAAGGUCACUGUAGACGCGAUCUACCUUAUCGGCUACUGUAUUGGUAACCUGAUAGGUCCGCAGACUUUCAUCGCGUCUCAAGCACCUUCAUACAGCGGCGGAAAAAUCGCUAUGGUUGUUGGUUACUGUGUUUCUCUUGUACUGAUGAUAGCCAUAUAUAUCUCGUACUCCUUGGACAAUAAGAGAAGAGAUCAGGCCGAACUUGAGAGAGGCGGUCCAGUUCAAUUGCCAGAGAACGCUGAAUUUGCAGAUUUGACGGAUUUCGAGAACCCAAACUUCAGAUACUCUUUAUGA